AUGUCUACAAGCUUCAGAGAUGUGAGUCUGGAGAUUUACGUCAACGGCGUGUUCCAUAGCAGUAAGAGUUUCCAGAUAUCAGCAGAGGAAGAUGCGGAGGUGGAGUUUAGGGUCACCGAUGCCAUCUACGACAUUUUCGGUAGCUCGGCAGUGAUCAAUUCCCAGGUGGAGGUUGAUACACCUGAGGACAUGCCAGUCAGUUCCAGUGUUUUAGAGGGGGGCGCUGUGCAGGAUGGCUUUGAUGUGAAGGACUCAACCUCAGCUAGUGUUGAGAGAGAUGGGCAGCUGGAGAAUGACGCCAAAAAUGUCUUCUCAGUGUUGGUGUCACCAACAGAAGUGGCAGGGAGCAGCAGCGGGAUCGACGCUUCUCCUGAAACCCCUGAGAACAGCCCAACAGGGCCUUCUAAUUUGGAUCUGGCUGAUUCAGAUGAAUCGUGUGUCCCAGGUCCAAGAGUUUCUGAGCAGGAAACUCAAGUGGAUCUGGUUGAUCUAGAGGAGUCCAGUGUCUCAGGUCUAAACCGUUCUGAGCCAGAACCAGUGUCCUCUGAAGGUCAGGAAGUUGAAGUCAGGGAUGCCAUCUCAGAUCUGAAGAGCCCUACUCUGGUGUGUGACGAUCUGAGCGACUCCGCAGGGCCUUCAGGGAGAACCAGCGGGAUCGAUCAGGGUGGCAUGGAUGCUUCUCCUGAAACCCCUGUAAAGAUCAGCCCAAAAGAAAGUACUAAAGUGAGGAAGAAGGGAAAAAUUGGGGUAUUCUUCCAAAAGCUUUUUAGGAUUGAUCCGGCUGUUCCAGAGACCUUGUGUCUCCCAGAUGCAAGCGUUCCUGAGCCGGAACCUGAAUUAGAUUUGGUCGAUCCCAAGGAAUCGUGUGUCCCGUUUCCAAGCAAUCCUGAGCCAGAACCUGAAUUGGAUCUGGUCGAUCCCAAGGAAUCGUGUGUCCCGUUUCCAAGCAAUCCUGAGCCAGAACCUGAAUUGGAUCUGGUCGAUCCCAAGGAAUCGUGUGUCCCGUUUCCAAGCAAUCCUGAGUCGAAAUCUAAUUUGGAUCUGGCUGAUUCAGAUGAAUCGUGUGUCCCAGGUCCAAGAGUUUCUGAGCAGGAAACUCAAGUGGAUCUGGUUGAUCUAGAGGAGUCCAGUGUCUCAGGUCUAAACCGUUCUGAGCCAGAACCAGUGUCCUCUGAAGGUCAGGAAGUUGAAGUCAGGGAUGCCAUCUCAGAUCUGAAGAGCCCUACUCUGGUGUGUGACGAUCUGAGCGACUCCGCAGGGCCUUCAGGGAGAACCAGCGGGAUCGAUCAGGGUGGCAUGGAUGCUUCUCCUGAAACCCCUGUAAAGAUCAGCCCAAAAGAAAGUACUAAAGUGAGGAAGAAGGGAAAAAUUGGGGCAUUCUUCCAAAAGCUUUUUAGGAUUGAUCCGGCUGUUCCAGAGACCUUGUGUCUCCCAGAUGCAAGCGUUCCUGAGCCGGAACCUGAAUUAGAUUUGGUCGAUCCCAAGGAAUCGUGUGUCCCGUUUCCAAGCAAUCCUGAGCCGGAACCUGAAUUGGAUCUGGUCGAUCCCAAGGAAUCGUGUGUCCCGUUUCCAAGCAAUCCUGAGCCGGAACCUGAAUUGGAUCUGGUCGAUCCCAAGGAAUCGUGUGUCCCGUUUCCAAGCAAUCCUGAGCCGGAACCUGAAUUGGAUCUGGUCGAUCCCAAGGAAUCGUGUGUCCUGGUUCCAAGCAAUCCUGAGCCAGAACCUGAAUUGGAUCUGGUCGAUCCCAAGGAAUCGUGUGUCCCGUUUCCAAGCAAUCCUGAGCCGGAACCUGAAUUCGAUCUGGUCGAUCCCAAGGAAUCGUGUGUCCCGUUACCAAGCAAUCCUGAGCCGGAACCUGAAUUGGAUCUGUUCGAUCCCAAGGAAUCGUGUGUCCCGGUUCCAAGCGUUCCUGAGUCGAAAUCUAAUUUGGAUCUGGCUGAUUCAGAUGAAUCGUGUGUCCCAGGUCCAAGCGUUCCUGAGAUGGAUUCUGAAUCGGAUCUGUCCGAUUCAUAUGAAUCGUGUGUUGCAGGUCCAAGCUUUCUUGAGAUGGAUUCUGAAUCGGAUCUGUCCGAUUCAUAUGAAUCGUGUGUUUCAGGUCCAAGCUUUCCUGAGAUGGAUUCUGAAUCGGAUCUGUCCGAUUCAUAUGAAUCGUGUGUUUCAGGUCCAAGCUUUCCUGAGAUGGAUUCUGAAUCGGAUCUGUCCGAUUCAGAUGAAUCGUGUGUUGCAGGUCCAAGCUUUCCUGAGAUGGAUUUCGAAUGGGAUCUGUCCGAUUCAGAUGAAUCGUGUGUUGCAGGUCCAAGCGUUCCUUAUGCAUGCACUUCCGAGCAGGAACUAGUUCAAGAAGAAACUGGUUUCCGAUUGGAGGAGCGUGUGAAGGGCUGUACAAAGCAUCUGAAAUCUGUCACAGAGGUCUGGAACAACAUCUUCAUUGGAAAUCAAGAGAUAGCAGAGGACCGAAUGAUACUGAAGGAGCUGGGUAUUACUCACAUCCUCAAUGCUGCUGCUGUGAAGAAGAAGCUGAGGGUCAUGUUGGGAGUCCCAUGGGAGCAAGACCUGAGAGAAGCAGUUAAUACAGGGGCGAAAUACUACAGAGGCAUGAACAUCACUUAUUGUGGCUUGCCUACAACGCACAGUUCCAACAUCAGCAAGUACUUCUUGCCAGCUGCCAAAUUCAUCCACAAGGCCAGGAAAAACCCAGAAAAUAAGGUGUUCAUUCACUGCACUGAGGGUGUCAGCUACGCCCCUACUCUUUUUCUGGCAUACCUCAUGAUCCACCAUUACAUGACAGCGGAGGAAGCCAUUGAUUAUCUCAUACAGGUAAGAUACAUCAAGCCUGACGUAGACUUCCUGAAGCAGCUGGAAAUCCUCAAUGAGGAACUUAAGCACAAUACAGCUACAACAUAUAGAAGGGAAAACAACAUCUGGAUAAAGAAGCUGGCAGCCAAAAUACUGCAAAAAAAGUGCUGCAGGACACAGAUUAAGAAGUUUUCACCUGAUCACAGUGCCAUAUCACUCUCUCAAUGGCAGCUCACCGCCUACCAGAACUCAUGA